AUGCGAAAUAUUUGGCUGUCUCCCCGGAGUGCGAUUUGGGAAUACUGGACAUUGCUGAUUGCAUGUCUCUUUUGGAUUCACUACUCUAACGGGAUGCCUCAUGUUAUUCGAAUAGGUGGGAUUUUCGAACAGACCGAUGGACCUGUUUCACUUGUUAGUGCAGAGGAGCUCGCCUUUAAAUUUGCUGUCAAUAACAUUAACAGAAACAGGACUUUGUUACCAAACACAACAUUAACAUAUGACAUUCAGAGGAUUAAUAUCUACGACAGUUUUGAGGCAUCGAGAAAAGCUUGUGACCAGCUUUCUCUAGGUGUAGUGGCAAUAUUCGGGCCCUCACAUAGUUCAUCGUCAAACGCCGUGCAGUCAAUCUGCAAUGCAUUGGAAGUGCCGCACGUCCAGGUGCGGUGGAAACAUCACCCCAUGGACAACAGGGACAGCUUUUAUGCCAAUUUAUACCCGGAUUAUUCUUCACUAAGCUACGCUAUCCUGGACCUGGUGCAGUUUCUCAAAUGGAAAACAGCCACCGUCGUUUAUGAUGACAGCACAGGUCUUAUAAGACUACAGGAGCUGAUAAUGGCCCCGUCCAGGUACAACAUUAGACUAAAGAUCCGGCAGCUUCCUCUCGACUCACAGGACACGAGACCCCUUCUUAAGGAAAUGAAGAGGAGCCGGGAGUUUCGCAUCAUCUUUGACUGCAGUCACCAAAUGGCUGCACAGAUUCUCAAGCAGGCCCAGACCAUGGGGAUGAUGACGGAGUAUUACCACUAUAUCUUCACCACUCUGGACCUGAUGGCCAUUGACCUGGAGCCAUAUCGAUACUGUGGUGUCAACAUGACCGGCUUCCGCAUCCUGAACGUGGAUAAUCCCCUGGUUGCAUCCAUUGUGGAGAAGUGGUCAAUGGAAAGGCAGCUUCCACAUAAACCUGACUCAGGCCUGCUGGAGGGGAUCAUGACGACAGAUGCGGCUCUGACCUAUGAUGCAGUCCACAUUGUAUCCGUCUCAUACCAGCACGCGCCACAGAUGACGGUAAACUCGCUGCAGUGCCACCGCCACAAACCCUGGAGAUUCGGAGGGCGCUUCAUGAGUUUCAUCAAAGAGUCACACUGGGACGGUUUGACGGGGAGACUGUCGUUUAACAAGUCAUCUGGUCUGCGUACAGACUUCGACCUGGACAUCAUCAGUCUGAAGGAGGAAGGACUUGAAAAGGUGGGGAAGUGGAGUGUGUCGGGAGGUCUUAACAUCACAGAAUUGCCGAAGCGAAAAGGGAUGAACAUCACCGAUUCCCUGGCAAACCGAUCCCUCGUCAUCACCACCAUCCUGGAGGAGCCAUACGUCAUGCUUAAGAAGUCUGACAAGGCGCUGGUUGGGAACGACCGAUUCGAAGGAUACUGCAUCGACUUGCUCAAGGAGCUGGCCACUGUCCUGGGCUUCACGUUUGAGAUCCGUCUGGUUCCUGAUGGGAGAUAUGGCUCUCAGGAUGAUAAGGGCCAAUGGAAUGGCAUGAUAAGGGAACUGAUAGAGCAUAGGGCCGACUUGGCAGUGGCUCCCCUCACCAUCACCUACAUGCGUGAAAAGGUUGUCGACUUCACAAAGCCCUUCAUGAACACGGGAAUCAGCAUCGUGUAUCGCAAACCCAAUGCCACCAACAACGGCUUCUUCUCCUUCCUGAACCCCAUGACUCCUGACAUCUGGGUCUACAUCCUCUUGGCGUACCUGGGUGUUAGUUGUGUCCUCUUUGUCAUUGCCAGGUUUAGCCCGUAUGAAUGGUACGACGCCCAUCCUUGCAACCCAGGAUCAGAUGUGGUGGAGAACAACUUCACCCUCCUCAACAGCUUCUGGUUUGGAGUCGGCUCCUUAAUGCAACAAGGCUCAGAACUGAUGCCCAAAGCCCUGUCCACCAGGAUCAUCGGGGGGAUCUGGUGGUUCUUCACACUCAUCAUCAUAUCAUCGUACACUGCUAACCUAGCAGCUUUUCUCACUGUGGAGAGAAUGGACUCGCCUGUGGACUCAGCUGAUGACAUCGCUAAGCAGACCAAGAUUGAGUAUGGUGUGGUCAAAGAUGGAGCUACAAUGUCUUUCUUCAAGAAAUCCAAGGUUUCUACUUUUGAGAAGAUGUGGGCCUUUAUGAGCAGCAAGCCGAGCACAUCCCUUGUAAAGUCUAUUGAAGACGGGAUUCAGAGAGUGCUGAAGUCAGACUAUGCCCUCCUUAUGGAGUCUGCCACUAUUGAUUACAUUACUCGGAGGAACUGUAACCUGACACAGGUGGGAGGGCUCAUCGACAGCAAAGGCUAUGGCAUCGGCACUCCCCAAGGCUCCCCGUACAGGGACAAAAUCACCAUGGCAAUCCUAAACAUCUUGGAGGAUGGGCGCCUGCACAUGCUGAAGCAGAAGUGGUGGAGUGUGAGCAGCUGCUUAGAUGAAGAGCGUCACGAGGCGGGCCCCAUGGGUAUCCAUAACCUGGGUGGUCUAUUCAUCGUGCUGGCAUGUGGGCUAGUGCUCUCCAUUUUUGUGGCGAUAGCUGAAUUCAUCUACAAGCUAAGAAAGACUGCAGAACGUGACCAGAGGUCUUUGUGCAGUGCCAUGGUGGACGAGAUCAGACUGUCGUUCACCUGCGAGAGGCGGGUGAAACACAAGCCUCAGCCUCCAGUCACGGUGAAGACGGAUGCAGUGAUCAACAUGCAUGCCUACAACGACCGACGACUCCCGGGAAAGGACAAUAUGAGCUGCAGCACUGGGAUGACCCCCGUGUUUCCGUGACAAUGUGUUCCCCCCAGGGCAAGAGCCUCCUGAGCAACGUGUCAGGGGGGAUACCAGAGACUAGAGACAAUGGCAUAGACGGGAUUACCAGGUUCACCAUUAACCACAAUGACAUGGGGACACUAACUAAACAUGGGCAACUCAAAAUGGCAGCAUCAGCCACACAGGUAUGACAACAUUCACGACUGUAUUCCGAACCACAAGAGGUAAAAGUAAUAUUUCCGGGAGACUGGGGGAAGUCGGUACACCCAAAUGAUCAGUUUCAAGUCUGAUGUUUACGUGCGCAACACAGAAAAACAAGAAAAUAGAUUGUUCAAGGAGACAGUGAAAAGACUGAUGAAAAUACGGACUAAAGCAGGAAGAAAGGCGUUUUUAAGAAUGGCAAUAAAUUACAGAUAUACAUGGAGGACAACGAGCAGUUUCAGUUGGUGAUCAGUUUUGCCCCACAAUUAAAUUAUAAAAGUGUUCUUACUUGUAUCCUGUUCAUUUACACAAAUGGCUUUGAUGGCAGUAAAUAAUGUUACCUCAAACAUGUUUUUGAGGCUCCAGUGGUUAUCUUAAGCUGCAGGACAUGAGACGGGAUGUUUUGGUUUGCAGCUACACAUAUGAAAAGCUGUAAGAGGACCUGCAGUCUCGCUGUUGUUGGAAACCCAUGGAGAGUCAAUGUUGGUUGGACUUGUCAUGUGAAAUCAACUAAUCUACAGUGGGGCAAAAAAGUAU